AUUAGUUGGGCUAAGUCUGGAGCCAAGCCAGUUACGUAUCAGAGAGCGGCCCAGUGUACACACGUGUAUUGGAGGGGUCCAAUAGGAUACUAUGUGGCUAUAUCGGAAUUGUAUGGAUCAUAAUACGCAGAAUUUGGAUAUACCCUGUAUCUCAGUAGUGAAAAAUAUCAUGUUGAUGAGUAAAGCUAUAUAAAAGAUGUGAGAAUCAAGUUCCUGGCGUAAGAUGUCAAAUUUUCCAAAUUAUGAAGACUUUCGUGCUUUUUCUUAACCACUAAACACGAAACGGAAUUGGAAACAUUUCUUUACGUAACAAAAAUGGCGCAUGACCUAGACAACACCGGAAGUCGUCUUCUUAACGCAAUCCUAUCAGGAAAAGCGCGGCAAAUCAGUUCCCUCCUGGACCAAACCGUCGACGUCGAUGUGAGAGACGAUGAAGGAAGGACGCCCUUGAUGUACGCAGUCUGUUGUGACAUUGAUGACGUCAGAACGCACGUGGUGCGUUUGUUGUUGCGCAGUAACUGUUACAUCAACGCACAGGACAGUAGUGGAUGUACGGCACUGAUAUACGCAUGCAUGGAGGUAGACCGUGUGGAUGUCGUGAGACUGAUCGCCAGGAAUAAACUGUGUAACCCCAAUCUCCAAGACUCUGAGGGAUAUACAGCAGCAAUGCACGCGGUGGCUGCGUCAAAUUCCCAAGGUCUGAAAAUUUUGUUAAAUUCAUCUGCGACGAAAUCUGUAGUGGAUUUGAACAUAAAAAAUAAAAACGGAAUUACCGCCCUUGAACUUGCUGUGAAACUCCAGUUAUUUGACUGUUGUAAGGUGUUGACGACAGAUUGUGUUGGCGGCCGCAAUUCGAACAAUAUUCGGGACAAAAAAGGUCUGAACUUAAUUUUGGGACGUGAAGCUUCUGUGAUGUCACAGAAAGGUAAUUUGUUGCUUACCCCAAAGCUUCAGGUUCCCGGACUUUCACCACGUGACGGAUACGCUUCCCGAAAUGCAACACCCGUUCCCAAUCGGUCUCGACAGAAUUUGUCGUACGAAAAUAGCGGCAUAGACCAUUGGCAAGGUUUAAAGCAUGACAGAGUCCAUUCCUCCAACGAUAGUCCAUGGACAGACAGUCCUAGGCGGAUAAAGCGAACUUUGACCCCAAUAUCACACGAAGAAAAGCUUGCUGUCUCAUAUCAACCAGAAUCUCCAAUAUUUGGUAACAGAAUGAGAUUACCCAGCAUUCCAAGUGGAAAGAGGUUGUGUCUAGUUUCAAACCAAAACAGUUUCGACAUUGGAAGAAACAGGGAGAGUCUUUGACGUCAUUCGUGUCGGCGAUAAUAAGAUGUCCUUUCUCUUUUACGUCAACAUUCACUGGUUCAAUCGUUUUGAAAUAUGGUGUCUCUUGUAAUAAGGAACUUUAAUCCAUACUUACAAUAGUGACAACCAUUGGGUCGUUAUAAGAGUGCCGAAAGCAACGUUGUGCACCUUUAUGAGAAACACAAAAGAACGCCUCGAAUAUCCUCUCCAUCUUUGGUUGUGAUAGUGUGAAUGGGAUAAAUAAACUAAGUAAUACUUCUUCGUCAUUUUACUCACCAAUUCACUAAAUUAAAAAUAUCAGGUAGGAUGAUUUAAAACAAAACUGAAAUUAUUCACAAACAAAUGAUGCCAAACUCACGUAUAAAGACGAAAUGUUCCGAACGGUGGUAAAAAGAAAAGAAACCGAGAAACCCGAACAUACAUGUUAUGUUUUGUUGUAAUGAAUUAAAA